GGUGUUCUCCCUCCUGCUCAGGGUGCUCCCUGCCGUGCUCUGCUGGCUCUGAGAGCUGCAGUCCCGGUGGAAGCAGCUACCACAGUCUGAAAUUAGGUCUCACCUCAUUCCACACGCUUUGUUUUACCCCAUAUCGUUAAUCCAGACAUCAUCAAUCUGGGACAUGAGUGUCCCUUGUUAGAAGGCCAUUGGCAGAGGGAGCCUGGUGAGACACUGGUGACAAACAGUAAUUACCCAGUUUGGAUUACUGCACUAAUCCGGUGUAACAAUGCAAACACAUUGUAAUUCAUGAAAACCAAACAAACACCACUUACACACGUACAUUGCAUUUACAGUGAAAGAAGAUUCUCUAAAAUAACCAAUAGUACCUUGGAAAUUAUACAAGAAAAUAAACACAAUCAACAUUCAGAAUAGAAAAGCAGUAAAACUUUAUUAUUAAUUCCCAAGUAGAAGGGUGCAGGCCAUUUUAUUCCAUUAGGAAUAGCUUUAAAAUCAGCAAUUCCAGGUAAUAUUCACUCUGGAGUACAAAAGAAAUUGGCUCAGGAGAAGUCAAAUCUACUCCAACAAAAUGUUGGUGACGUAUUUGUGUAUACAGUAGUGAAACCGAAAGUAAAAGCAUCCUGUUUGAUAUUCAGAUUUGAAAGCUAGUUUUGAAAAGCUGGAACAGAAAAGGUCUGCCAAUACCAUUUAAGUGAUGGGGAAAAGAGAAAAUGAAAGGUUUAAAAUGUUUUCUGUUCUUAAUAGUGAGAAGACUGAAAGGUAAUCAUUGUAUUUACAUUACUGAGAAGUACUUUAUUCAAAUACUGGUUAUGAGACUUAAUGAAGUAGAUUAAACUGGUAUGAGAUAAAGGCUGAAACAAAAGUGCAGGGGUAGAUCUGACCACAAGCUUGGGGAAGGCCAGUGUGUUUUCACUGGGAUUUCCCUCACGUAAUAACAUCUCGGAAUAACUCAGGUCCCUUGCUGGCUGAUAGAAUCUAAAAGCCAAAGUUCACAAAGAUUUUAAGUUCCUUUAUAGAUCAUUCCAGACUCUUACUACAGAUCAUCAUUAUUUAAGGAUAAAAAGUUUGUAAAGCCACACACUGAAACCUUGUAGAAAAACUAAUGGAAGACUUUAAACCUGACUUUCUGAGGGAUUUCACCAAUUCAUAUCUCAGUGUCAUACAGGGAAAAGCUCCAAACUCAUCUUGAAACUGGCUUUCUAACUUACAGGCAGGAUUGGUUCAGCUCAUUCUGAAUCACAGCUUCAGACCAGGGGCACUGCUUAUCCAAUCUGAGUUUAUAUCUGAGAUAUCAGAUAUAUGGUGUAGCUUCCUUGUAUCCAGUGGGGUUCAGCUACAGUUCAUCUUUUUGGCCGAAGGUCUGAACUGCCCCCAUGUACAUAGUGGCACCGUUCCAAGGUCUGUGGGAUGGCUGGUGCUGAUACAGCCACCAGUGUUCAGUCUGAUAGGUCCUGCCUUAAACAGCCAUAUCAUAACCACAACAGUACCAGCAAUGCCAUCAUUUUUGGGGCCUCAAAACAGAUCCUUUGCAGUUUCCUGAUGACAGAAGAGGGAUUAUAUCAAAGAUGUAAACAAAGACAACACUACAUUCCAUCAGAGAGCAGAAGUGUUCUGUUCACAGAAGAUAAGUCAAUCAGCUGAUGAAUCGUUACCUCAAUCCCAGUGUCUGAAGGGGCUCCAAGAGAUAUGGACUUCAGACAAGGGCCUGGAGUGAACAGGACAGAGGGGAAUGGCUUCCCACUGCCAGAGAGAUUCUUCUGCCUUCUGACUGUGUUACACCAGCAGGACACCCCUGCACCUGCACACCACCUGCCUCUGUUCACAUCCUGAGAUGCUGACAAUACCCCAGCUGUAAGGGUCCAGAGGGUACCCUUGUGUUCAGCUCUCCCUCCCCUGAUGGCUCGUCGAUCCCAAAGCUCCUCACAGGGGGACAACCCCCUGGACCCCAACUACCUUCCCCCCCACUACAAGGAGUACUACCGCCUGGCCCUGGAUGUGCUCACAGAGGAGGGCAAGGAGAGUUACCAGCGCUUCCUGGCCGAGGAGGCGGCCCCCGAUUUCCUCUGUGACUCCGAGGUGGAUCACAUAAUCCAGAACCUCCAGAAGCCCCAGUACGCCAACCAGGAGGGCAGCAUGGACACAGCGGGGGACAAUGACAUGGACGGAUCCUCUGGGACUUACUGGCCCAUGAACUCAGAUCUGGCUGUUCCUGAGCUUGACCUGGGCUGGCCGAUGGUCUUUGGCUUCAGGGGAACAGAGGUGACGACACUGGUGCAGCCACCCCCACCAGACAACCCCAGCAUCAAGGAAGAGGCUCGCAGGAUGAUUCGAGCGGCUCAGCAGGUGGUGGCCAUCGUGAUGGAUGUUUUCACCGAUGUGGAUCUGCUGUUUGAGGUGCUGGAUGCUGCUUCUCGCCGCGUGCCUGUGUACAUCCUGCUGGAUGAAAUGAACUCCCAGCUCUUCCUCGACACAGCUGCCAAGUGCAGAGUCAACCUGAACUAUGUGGAGUUCCUGAGGGUGAGGACAGUGUCUGGCCCAACCUACUACUGCCGCACGGGGAUGUCCUUCAAGGGGCACCUGAAGGAGAAGUUCCUGCUGGUGGACUGCAUGGUGGUGCUGAGUGGCAACUACAGUUUCAUGUGGUCCUUUGAGAAGAUUCACAGGAGCAUUGCACACAUCUUCCAGGGUGAGCUGGUGGCCAGCUUUGAUGAAGAAUUCCGCAUUUUGUUUGCACAGUCGGAACCUCUCGUUCCUCCAGCCAACGUCUUGGCAAAGGCAGAGAACACGUUUGCCAUGGCUCCCUUUGGCAAUAACAUGCCUUUCUUCCCCAAAAAAGGCCCCCUGAUGUUCCAGAGGGAUGAGAGUCUCUUCCCCUCCUUCAUGGACAGGGUGGAUCCGGACAGGUACUUCCUGUCCAAUUUCCGGCGGGACGACAUGCUGCGACACACUGUGGAGGGGUCGGCCAUGCGGAUGUACAAAAAGGUGGAAAUGGAAAAUUCCCAGAUGGAUCCGGUCAGGGGCUUCCUCCGUUCCAAGCAGCUGGAGCUAGAUGCUUUUAAGAGACACAGUUUUGCAGAAGGAACGUUUGAAAAUUUUGCUUCUGCCAAGCAGUACACCCGGCAGAUGUUCAUGAACAACAUGGACGAGUUCAAAAUCCAAUCCAGUCAUUUCCAGAAGGAUCAGUUCUACCAGUACCAGUUUGAACAUCCCCAUCUUCCUGGCAGACCUCAGGGAUUCUUUGAGAGGAUUCGAGGGGGGAGGCCAGGAUUCAAUGAACUAGAAGACUAUGGAGAGGGACCCCGAUACCCUGAACUGGAGCCCAGUUUCCCACAGGAGGGUUUCCCCCUACGGCUGGAUUAUGUGCCCUCAAAUUCUUCCAGGGAGGUGAGACACGGCUCUGACCAGCUGAACCCCGCAGGCAACAGCCCCAUGGGAAUGAUGUUACGGAGGCAGAACAUAGGACAGAAAUUCAUUUGCCAGACUUCUCCCACGCAGAAGCAGAGCCUGGAGCAACGCCUGUUCCUACAGGACAAAGAUGAGGAGCAGGAUGACGACAAGAACAUGCAGGAAAACAGGACAGGGUUACGGAACUGGAGGAUUUCUUCGUACCUCAGCGCAUACCAGUCUGAACCAGAUGAAGGGCUCCCGAUGCCGAUGGAGUCCGAGGCAUAUAAUGAUGCUCUUGGGGAUCCCCUCACAAAGCACCCCACUGACCUUGUCCCAGCCUUCAAACCCCCCACACCUUUCAGUAGCAAGCCACUGGGAAUUGACAGUGCCAAGGAAUCUGCAGAUCCUGACAGAGCAGGUGAAGAAACCUCAAUCAUGAAACCAGAUGCCUUCAGGUCCAGGAUAAAUCCCUUGAUCCAGAGGAGCUCCAGGCUCAGAUCCUCUCUGAUUUUCAGUGCUGCCAAAUUAGAUCAGCCCAACACCACAAUAGAAAAGGUGCAGAUGAUCCAAAAAGAGCAAAUGUCCAGUGAGUUAACAAGGGACAAUGAAACCAUCAAGACAGCUGCCUCCUCCAAAGUGGCUGAGCUGCUGGAGAAGUACAAAGCUGUAGGCAAGGACAUGGAACGGGGCACAGUCACCCACACCAAAGCUGUUUCGGGUUACCUACAGGAGGAAUCUCAGAAUACGGAGAAGAAAUGUACCAAAUCUGUGCAGUAUAAGAUUCUGGAGAGCAGGGUGCUGGACUCCAAAGAUUCCUGCAGUACUUACAAAAUGCAUGGAGAGUUGGACAGAGCAUUUGGAAUGGCCUCAUCCACCCCCCAGCUUGGGGACACAUUGAGUAAAGAUCCCCUGGCACAUCUUGGCACCAAGGUGGACAAGCUGUCAUCCCGGUUUUACCCCAUCGAGAACAAACCUCCUAUUCCAGAGAAGGAGAGCCUGAUAUUUGUAGGAGACACUCAGAAAUUGGCUCUUCCAGAGAAGAAGGACAGAGUGACUUUCAGAGAAGACUCUCCAAAAUUAGUCAACACAGAAAUGAAGAAACCACAGAUGAGGACAAGUACUACAUCCUCAGUUCUAGAAAGCCUGUCUAGAAGUCCAGGGUCUGACAGCUCUCUCAACAAAUCUGAGGAAGACUGUUCAAAACAAGAGCAAAAUCCCAUGGAGUUUUUAAGAAAAGGAUCACUACGGCUGAAGCAGCUUUUGAACCCAAAAGGCGAAAAGAAAUUGGAGGAGGAACCUGCUUCUGAGAGUGGGAAAUGUGACAAGCAGGCAGUGGUGCUCAAACGAUCAUCCACAGGGGACUGCCAGGAAGCAAUGGAGGAAGAAAAACCCCACAAAUUCCCAGCACCGCUCCCCCCCAAGAGCAACCAGACAACGCAAGGGAGGUUCCCUUCCUCCACAGCCAACAUCCUGUACAGCAGCAACCUGCGUGAUGACACCAAGGUGAUCCUGGAGCAGAUCUCUGCCAACAGCCAGAAGAACAGAGCUGAGCUGGCCAAGCAGCUGCCAUCCACCAGCAACCCUGACCUCUCCAGGUCGACCACAAGCUUGGAAAGAAAAGGGGAAAAGGAGAAAAGCUGCAACAUACACAGGUCUGAGAGUUUUGGGAGCCAGAAACGGAACCUGCAACGGCAGCCAUCAGAGGACAGAGACACCCUCCUGAAGAAGAUGGAGAACAUGCGGAAGGAGAAGCGAGUCUACAGCAGGUUUGAGGUAUUCUGCAAGAAGGACGAGCACACAAGUCCCAGUGAAGAGGAAUAUGACACAGAUGCCAAAGACAAGAAAAUGGGAAAAUUCAUGCCCAAAAUCCUGGGGACCUUCAAGACCAAAAAAUGAUCCUAGAAAUCCUAUUUAAUUCCAUUUAAUCACUGACUGUCACAGGGAAACGAGGAAGAAACUUGUCUAUGAUGGCAAUGCUCUUCUUGAUUAGUGCACAGGAAUGUAUCCAGCAUGAGCCUCCCACGGCACAGUUUGCUCAAUAAAGUCAGGUGGUAUCAAACAACCUUAUCACAGUAUGUUACAAAUAAAACAAUUAAAAUGCCAA